AUGCGUUGGAGGACAUCUCCGACUUCACGAGAUAAUGCCCGGGAUUCCAGUGAAUCCACCAAAUUAAACGUCUACGUCGCCUCCGCCGCCAUCUGGUCCGUCAUCAUGGGUGAGGAAUUAUGGGAACGAGUCGGUCUGAAGAUCGAGUCUCCCGUUGGUCUUUCGCUUGAUCCUCCUGAUUUCCCCCCACGCGGUCAUAUCUCCAAGGAUCGAUGGAGGAUGUGGAUCGAUCGAUUCCAAUUCAUGAGCUUACGUGAGGAUCUGAGGAUCUCGACGAGGGAGUUGGCUGCGGAGGCUGCGGCUGUGAUGUUACGUGUGUUGUAA